AUGGUCAUCGUUUUUGACUACGAUCGCCCCGCCCACAAGGCGGCUCCGGCAGCUUUGAAGGCGCCCAUUCAGGUGCCUGCUCAGCUUCCUCAGCUGCUACUGAACCCAUCUCCCAUCGUCACUCCUACUAGUAUCCUCGUUCCCAUGCUUGGAUAUGCCACUGAGUAUCAGACUAGUAUUCAGGCUGGCAUCACAAGCUACCCUUGUGGAUUUUUCACUACUAUCAUUCACGACAAUCUGAGAUCUUCUACCAUGUCUUACCAGACUGCCACUGCCCUGCCCGUCGACGUUGGCAACCCAGCUUCUCGUCGUGGCAUGCCUUCAUACAUGUCGGCCCCUGCUGCUUCCCACCAUGACACCGCUGCUGCAAUGAACGGUCAUCAGUUCUCUGCCACUGCUCAGGCUGACAACAAUCUUGUUGCUCAGUUUGGCUCGAUGUCUCUCCCCGCUACCAAUCCAGUCAUUGCUGGCCAGCCUACUGGUUAUAUGACGACUGCUGAUUCCUCUGGAAUCUUCGGCGGAUACGGAGCCGCAGUUCAGCCUUCCUUCAAUAUGGGUCAGGCCCCUGAGAACUUCUACAACGCCGUCAUGCCUGGCGCUUCCUACCUUCACCAGGGCCCGGUCUCGGCCAGCUAUGCCCCGUGCUUCCUGCCCUACACCCCAGGUCGUGGCGUCUCCUUUGGCGAGCGUGCUCUGCGCGAAGUCCCAGGUCUCGACAACCGACGUGGCUCCUACUCUACGACCGCUACGGAGUCUACUCCUGGCACUCCGUUCUUUGGAGGCUUGUCUGACCGCCAUAAUGCUCCCCGCGUGAUCUCGACUGAUCGCUCCAGCUACACUACACCAUCUCCGCAGCAGAUUGCUGUCUCCGGCAUGAUUGGCCACACUUCUUCCAAGGCAACUCGCAUCUAUGAGCCUGACCUCCAGAAUCUAAUCAACCAGGAUCCUGUCAUCCCUGCCGCUGUUCCUGCUGUCUUCACCACUCCCGAGCAGCGCAAGUCUCUUGACCAGUGCCUCGAGAACCGUAUCGCGGGCAACAAGAACGUCUACAUUCGCGGCUUGCACCCCACCACUGACGAUGAGCUUCUGAUGCAGUACACUUCCCGAUUCGGUGAGGUUGAGCAGUCAAAGGCUAUCAUCGACACCUCCACCGGCGCUUGCAAGGGUUUUGGCUUCGCCAAGUUCAGACACGUCCGAGAUUCCGAGAAGUGCAUCCAAGGCUUCUAUCUUCUCGGCUACGAAGUGGGUUUUGCGAGAGAGAGUUUCAAUGCCCGCCUGAAGGCUGAGGGCGAUGAUGACUCUACCAACCUGUACAUCUCCAACCUUCCCAAGUCCAUUGGUGAGAAUGAGCUUGUCGCUAUCUUGUCACCCUUCCGCAUCUUGUCCAGCAAGAUUCUUCGUGACAGCAUGGGUAACAGCCGCGGUGUUGGUUUUGCUCGCUUCGAGUCCCGUGAGAUCUGCGAGGAUGUCAUCAAGAAGUACCACGGCCAAGCCGUCGGCGAGGAGUGUUUGGCCAUGCAGGUCCGCUACGCCGAUACCCCGGCCCAGAAGGAGUUGAAGCGUAUCACUGCGGAGCGUCGCCAGUAUCGCACCAACGAGUACAACAUCGGUGCUUACGGCACCAUGGCUGUCGGUAUUAACCCGAGCAUCUACAACUCUCGACCUACCUGGCCUCGUGCUCCCACCUACGUCAACGACGGCGGUUCUUACCGAUCUGCCUACAAUGGCAGGAGCGGGAACGUGACACAGGGUCGGGACCAUCAGCAGAGCGCAGCUGUCUCUCGCACUCCAACCUCGAACGGCGGCUCGGGCGAUGAAGAGGUGACGAUCAACGACUCUCCCACUGUCGCUGUCAAACUGCAGGCAUCCCCGACCGCCAAGAAGGAGGACUAG